GUAAUGUUGGUUAUUAUAGGAAGUUUUCCGCCAGACGAACGACAGUGAUUUAAGGAAAGCCGGGAAAUUGCAUGGUAUGGACUCUGCAGACAGAAGUCGAAGUCCCAGUCCUGCACAGAGAGAAAACAGUGGACCUUCAGAGAAUGAGUCUAGUCCAGCAUCGGGCAGAGCCCAGCAGGCUGGCUCAGUUGAAAGAAGCCCCAAUGAGCGACGGUCCCCUCAGCCAAGUCCUGUGGACCGCAGGCCCUCCAGGAGCCCAUCCUCAAGCAGUUCAGACAGCACCAGCAGCAGUGAUGAGGAUGAACAUCAUUCAUCAGCACUGAGAAAGAUUCGAAGCAGCGUGGCUCAGAUCAAAAGAUCAAGAUCAAGAUCCAAAGAGCAAGACAGAUCCAGGUCCAAGGAAGAAGAUCGGUCCAGAUCCAGGGAUACGGACAGAUCCAGAUCCAGAGAGAAAAAUAGAUCCAGAGAAAGAGACAGAAACAGAUCCAGAUCCAGGGAAAAGGACAGAUCUACAUCUAGAGGGAGGGCGAGAUCAAGAUCAAGAUCCAGAGGACAGGACAGGUCGAGAUCCAGAGGAAGAGAGAGGUCGAGGUCAAGAGGACGUGACAGAUCCCGAUCCAGGGAGAGGGACCGUUAUGACAGAAGACGUUAUGCACGGGAUCGCUAUGAUGAUCGGCGCGAUGACAGAGAUGGCCGUUUUGACCGACGAGCCAAUCGAGAGGCUGAUUCAGAUCACAGGAGGCGGGGUCGCUCCGCUUCCCCUCUGGCUGACAGGGGACCAGCUGCGGCCAAUGAGCCGCCAGUCAAAAAGAAAAAGGAGGAGCUUGAUCCAAUCCUGACGAGGACUGGAGGCGCUUACAUUCCUCCCGCUAAGCUGCGCUUGAUGCAGCAGCAAAUCACUGACAAGAGCAGCCUGGCCUAUCAGAGGAUGAGCUGGGAAGCUCUAAAGAAGUCCAUCAACGGUCUUAUCAACAAAGUCAACGUAUCCAACAUAAAGACCUUCGUGACUGACGCACUCCCUGUAACUGCUUCUUUGCCUGUCAGGGGACUGCUGGCUCGCUCGAUACUGCAGGCUCAGACGGCCUCUCCCAUUUUCACUCAUGUCUACGCUGCUGUCGUUGCCAUCAUCAACUCAAAGUUCCCUCAGAUCGGAGAGCUGAUCCUUAAACGUCUCAUCCUGACUUUCAGGAGAAGCUACCGCCGCAACCUCAAGCAACAGUGCCUGACCGCGUCGAAGUUCGUGGCUCAUCUCAUCAACCAGAACGUGGCCCACGAGGUUUUGUGUCUGGAGAUGCUCACUCUGCUGCUCGAGCGUCCAACUGAUGACAGUGUGGAGGUCGCCAUUUCCUUCUUGAAGGAAUGUGGUCUCAAGCUGACCGAAGUGUCCCCUCGAGGAAUCAACGCCAUAUUUGAGCGUCUUAGGAAUGUCCUCCACGAGUCGACCAUUGACAAAAGGGUCCAGUACAUGAUAGAGGUGAUGUUUGCUAUCAGGAAGGAUGGUUUCAAAGAUCAUCCAGUAAUCCCAGAAGGCCUGGAUCUGGUGGAUGAGGAUGACCAGUUCACUCACAUGCUGCCGCUAGAUGACGAAUACAACCCCGAGGACAUCCUCAAUGUAUUUAAGAUGGAUCCAGACUUCCUGGAGAAUGAGGAAAAAUAUAAAACUCUUAAAAGAGAUAUCCUGGAUGAGGGUAGCAGCGAUUCAGGGGAGGAGGGAGAUGGCAGUGAUGAUGACGACGAUGAUGAGGAAGAUGAGAAUGAGGAGGAAGGAGAUGACGAGAAAGUCACCAUCUUUGAUAAGACAGAAGUCAACCUGGUUGCUUUCAGAAGAACCAUCUACCUCGCUAUCCAGUCCAGCUUGGACUUUGAGGAGUGUGCUCACAAACUGAUUAAGAUGGAUUUCCCGGAAAGCCAAACGAAGGAGCUGUGCAACAUGAUCCUGGACUGCUGCGCUCAGCAGAGGACCUACGAGAAGUUUUUUGGCCUGCUGGCUGGGAGGUUCUGUCUCUUGAAGAAGGAGUACAUGGAGAGUUUCGAGGCGAUAUUUUCGGAGCAGUAUGACACGAUUCACCGACUGGAGACCAACAAACUGAGGAACGUGGCGCGACUGUUCGCUCACCUGCUCUACACAGAUUCUGUGCCGUGGAGUGUGUUGGAGUGCAUCAAGAUGAGCGAGGACACCACAACGUCGUCCAGCAGGAUCUUUGUAAAGAUCCUAUUCCAAGAGCUCUGUGCCUACAUGGGUCUGCCAAAACUUAACCAGAGGCUGAAAGACCAGACCCUGCAGCCGUUCUUUGAAGGUCUCUUUCCUCGUGAUAAUCCCAGAAACACUCGCUUCGCCAUCAACUUCUUCACUUCUAUUGGACUGGGAGGACUCACUGAUGAGCUGAGGGAACAUUUGAAAAACGCGCCAAAGAUGAUCAUGACUCAGAACCAGGAAGUCGAGUCAUCGGACUCCUCGACAUCGUCCUCGUCGUCUUCUUCGUCAGAUUCCUCCUCCUCCGACUCAUCCAGCGAGUCAGAUUCAGACUCGUCAGACUCCUCGAGCAGCUCGGACUCGGACUCUAAACACAGGAAGCAGAAGAAGAGGAAAGGACAAAGUGAUGAGGGGAGGAAGAAAACGAGAGAGAAGGACAAGAAGAAGAAAUCUUCAGACAAGAAGCGAGCUGGACGCGGAGCAGACAAAGAUGAGGACAGCGACAGCGUGAAGCGGGCGAAGAAAGACGACAGGGGGCGCGCACAUGACCCGGAGGGGCGUGAACGCGACGGCGCCCGGCGGAGCAGACGAGACGACAGAUCGGAAGAGGAG